ACAUCUGGGCGGGGCGGGGCGGGGCGGCCGGGCAGUGACUCCGGCGGGGCCAGCGCGGAGCAUCCCACAGGCGGUGCGAGCGGCGGCCCGAGCCCAGCAGAGCCGAGACCAUGCCCAAGUGCCCCCGCUGCCAGAAGGAGGUCUACUUCGCCGAGAAGGUGACUUCUCUGGGGAAGGACUGGCACCGACCCUGCUUGAGAUGUGAGAAAUGUAACAAGACCCUGACAUCUGGAGGCCAUGCAGAGCAUGACGGCAAGCCAUACUGCAACCACCCCUGCUAUGCCGCCUUGUUCGGGCCCAAAGGGUUUGGCCGGGGAGGAGCUGAGAGCCACACAUUCAAGUAAACCUCAGGCUGGCUGUGACUCCCAGUCCUCAUGCCUGUGUUUCGGAGCAACCUGCUGGGUGCCAGCUCCUCCUCUCCACCAGCCCCAAACGACCAUCACCACCUGCUUAGCUCCAGCAGUGGAUGCCACAGGCUUUUGCUUUGUGGCCUAUCGGCGUUGACAACCUGUCCUGGAGCACUGUUGUUCAUGGGAUGUCUCUGCUCCCUGCCCAGCCUGACUUCAUCUGCCCCUCUCUUCCAUCCCUCUCCAGGUCUGACGGCCAAGGUUCCCAGCACAGCCUGAAGACAGCAUAAACACACUGCAACAGACAUGCAUUUUUGAUUUUAAUUCACUCUGUACUAGACUAGCACAUUAAAAGCAAUAAGUAACCAAGGCUAGGGCUGGUGUGGAGAGGGGCUCCGCUCCAGAUGGAGCGCUGCUGGGAUGGGAGCGUUGGACGCCCUGCCGGAUAGGAAAUUUGGCCUCUGUUGCUGAAGGCUGCCUGGAGAGGAGACCGCACCCUUCCAGCCAAAACCCAGCUCUGCUUCUGGCACCCAGCUCUCAUGGAUGGGCCCACAGUUGUAUUCUUAUUCUUUAAUAAACCAAAAGAUGCUUCCCC